AUGGGUGAAGCACUUCAAUUUAUUACAACAAGCAAGGCAUGCGCCGCCGAUGAACUGUUUGUCGCUCAAGUACGCUUGCAACUGUUGAAGCAGAGAGCCAACGACGUCCGACAACAGGACGAGACAAAUUACACUCGCACAGGAAUGGCUUCUGCGGCCUCGGCUCCUCGCAUAUUGUAUCUGAAGACUUUACGAAGGCAGCUACAUGAGUUAAAGUCGUCAUUUCGUGCAGAUCUUCAACAGAUUGCUAGCGUAUUUAAUCAGUCAGGAUGCGCCUCCUCUAGACCUAGCUAG